AAAUCAGUCAAUGUUGAGUUGACGGCGCGAGAAGACGCGGGAGAAAGAGAGCGGAGAAUUGGGGAUCUAAAGAGACCAAGAAUCAAACACUCCGAACUCAAGAAUCAGAACGAAAAGAACCCAAGUCCCGUCGCUGUGCCGUAUUGGAGAGUUUAAGAAUCAAAAUCUAAGAAUCGAAAUUCAAAGAAUCGCAAAGUAAAAGAAUCAGAUUUUAAGAAACAAAGCCGUCGCUGUGUCGUUAUAUUACUUAUUGUUUUUUUGUGUGUGACUGAUUACAUGUGUGCCUCCUAGGUAAUGAGUGAAGUUGGCAGUGUUUCCAACUGCAGAGACUAAAGACUUUGGGCGCCCAAAAGGAGCCCCGCCGUGUGGAGAAUGCUGGUGCCGUCGGACAUGAUUGCGGCGCAGUCCAAGAUGGUCUACCAGAUGAACAAGUAUUGUGCGGAUCGCGUCCAGGUGCGCAAGGCGCAGAUCCACAAGCAGAUCCAGGAGGUGUGUCGAAUUGUUCAGGAUGUGCUCAAGGAGGUGGAGGUCCAGGAGCCGCGGUUCAUCUCCUCCCUGAACGACUACAACGGCCGUUUUGAGGGCCUGGAGGUGAUAUCGCCCACGGAAUUCGAGAUCAUCAUCUAUCUGAAUCAAAUGGGUGUGCUCAACUUUGUGGACGAUGGAACACUGCCAGGAUGUGCCGUACUAAAGCUGAGUGAUGGCCGGAAGCGUUCGAUGUCCCUGUGGGUGGAGUUCAUCACGGCCAGUGGCUAUCUGUCGGCCCGGAAGAUACGUUCCAGGUUCCAGACCCUGGUGGCCCAGGCGUGCGACAAGUGCGCCUAUCGCGACAUCGUCAAGAUGAUCGCCGACACCACGGAGGUGAAGCUGCGCAUCCGGGAGCGCAUCAUAGUCCAGAUCACGCCCGCCUUCAAGUGCGCCGGCCUCUGGCCCAGAUCCGCCUCCCACUGGCCGCUGCCGGGGAUCCCCUGGCCGCAUCCCAAUAUCGUGGCCGAGGUCAAGACGGAGGGAUUCGAUAUGCUCUCCAAGGAGUGCAUCGCCCUGCAGGGCAAGAACUCCGCCAUGGAGGGCGACGCCUGGGUGCUCAGCUUCACCGACGCCGAGAACCGGCUGCUGCAAGGAGCCAGUCGACGUCGCUGUCUGAGCAUCCUGAAGACCCUGCGAGAUCGGCACUUGGACCUGCCCGGCAAUCCGGUCACGUCGUACCACCUGAAGACCCUGCUGCUCUACGAGUGCGAGAAGCAUCCGCGCGAGAUGGAGUGGGAGGAGAACUGCAUCGCGGACCGCAUCAACGGGAUCUUCCUGCAGCUGAUAUCCUGCCUGCAGUGCCGCCGCUGUCCGCACUACUUCCUGCCCAAUAUGGAUCUGUUCAAGGGCAAGUCGCCGGGUGCCCUGGAGAAUGCCGCCAAGCAAGUCUGGCGGCUAACCCGGAUCAUGUUGACCAAUGUCCGUUGCCUGGAGGAGCUGUAAGGGCACCAACAUACCAUACGAUACCACAAAGACCCAUUGGAUUUUUGGUGGCUGCGGGGGGCAGUGCCGCCUCUGGGUUUUAAUUUUUUAUUCGCCUUUUUGUUUUUUACCGAAUUUUUUUUUAGAACUAAAGACAAAGGAUCGGUGGGAUCACUGAGGCGAUUGGGGUGGGAUUUGAAGAAAGAGAGCAGUGAAAUUGUAACCCAAAUACUAUUUGAUAUUUCGCUAGAUCGUAACUUAAGUUUAGGUGCUUUCGAAAAGUAUACGCCGCUUACAGAGUUUCCUAUAAUUAGAGCAUACUUAGUGUUAUCCAUUUAGAUCGUCAUCGUCGCAUAACGCACAAAAGUUACCAUCUAGAUAUAAACGUUUUUUUUUUAUUGGCCCAUUUGCUGACAGCAAAGCGCAGAGCAAAAUUAGCUAAAUUAGACGUAAGUCCAAUGAAACUGAGACAGCCGAUUUGGAGGAAUAUUUCCCCGACGGUUCUAAAUUAUUUAUUCUAUGUUUUUGCCUUCUUCUUGUGAGUUUAGUCAAUAAAACGUAAGUUUUUCAAUGAAA